UAUCUCAGUUUUGUAAAAUAUUCAUUUGACUCCUCGACGACGAGCCGACGAGCCUUCCCCGGCGAAAUGGCCCGCCACUCCUCCAUUCUCCUCCUCCUCCUCGUCCUAAUCCUCGCACCAGCGGCCGCAGAUGCCUCCAUCUCUCUGCGAAGAGCGCCGUCUGUUCUACAGCGAAGGGGAGGAGGAGGCAGGGGAGCUGGCCGCGCUUCCCCUGCUCCGGCUCCGCGCCUGCUGUUCAAGGGGAGUCGUCCGGGCGAGUUCAAGAUACUCCAGGUGGCCGACAUGCACUACGCAGACGGCAGAUCCACCGGCUGCCUCGACGUGUUCCCUAACCAGACCGCCACCUGCUCCGAUCUCAACACCACCGCCUUCAUCUACCGCGUCAUCCGAGACGAGACUCCAGAUCUCGUCGUGUUCACUGGUGACAACAUAUUUGGCUUUGAUGCAACUGAUGCUGCCAAAUCUUUGGAUAUGUCAUUUGAGCCAGCAGUCAGUCUCAAGCUCCCAUGGGCAGCUGUCUUGGGUAACCAUGACCAGGAGUCUACCCUAUCCCGCGAGGGUGUGAUGCGCCACAUUGUCAGUAUGCCCUAUACUCUUUCGAAGCUCAACCCAAAUAGCUUCGAUAUUGAUGGCUUUGGUAACUAUAAUUUGGAGAUUUAUGGUGCGGAGGGCUCAUCACUGUCCAACAAAUCAGUACUCAAUCUCUACUUCCUUGACAGUGGUGAUUACUCCACUGUCCCCUCCGUUCCUGGGUAUGGCUGGAUCAAAGCCUCCCAGCAAGUUUGGUUUAAGCAAACCUCCUCACGCCUGCAGAAAGAGUAUAUGAGGAAACCAAGUGCACAGAAGGAGGGCGCGCCAGGCCUCGUCUACUUCCACAUCCCAUUGCCAGAAUUCAGCAGCUUUGAUGCAUCCAAUUUUACAGGGGUGAAGCAAGAGGGUAUCAGCUCUGCAUCAAUCAAUUCUGGGUUUUUCUCAACAUUGCUAGAGGCCAGGGAUGUUAAGGCCGUUUUCACUGGGCAUGAUCACCUGAAUGACUUUUGUGGAAAGCUGACUGGUAUUCACCUUUGCUAUGCUGGUGGGUUUGGUUACCAUGCGUAUGGAAAGGCGGGGUGGUCAAGAAGAGCGAGGGUGGUGUCGGCGUACCUGGAGAAGACAGUGAAUGGUGAGUGGGGAGGGGUGAAAUCAAUCAAGACAUGGAAACGCCUGGAUGAUAAAUACCUUUCCACCAUAGAUUCCCAGGUCCUUUGGAGCAAAGGAACGAAUGGUAGGCGUAGAAAGAGAACCUCUGGACAUUGAAGUGUCGCCAAAUCUAUUCCCACAAAAGAAUAGAUACUUCAGGAGUUGCCGAUUCUGGCAGUAAAUAAGACAGCUCUCCCUCUGCGAAGAACAAUGAAAGGGUUGCAAUCCUUAUUUGUAGUAAUCGCCUGAAACACUCGUGCAGAUGGAAAUAGAAGCAUUACACUUCUCUGUGAAAUUUGAAUGAUGCGAUAGUAGUUGAUUUACUGCAUUUUAAAACUGUAAGCAAGGAUUCACAGCAUAUCAUAAGACUUUUGGGGAGCAGCUGGCUUGAAGUCAUAACAGACCGAGCCAAGUCUAGCCCGAAACACUACGAAAAUCGACUGAUCAGGCUCAAGCUGUGUUCAGUGGGAACUAGCAUCGAAUCUUAGUUGGACAAUCUUGCACUGCAAACUCUAGUUUACUUCUAUGGAAAGUGGGCAUAGGAUUCUCCACUCCUUUUGUUUCUAUUGAUGCUAGAAAAUAAUAGUUCCAAGUCAUGGACUCUUAUGCUUCCUUGGAAAAAGUAUUAAAACACACGGUUUCUCCUU